AUGGCUCCGUACGAGAACAAGGCGCCGCCAGCGGUUGCAGACAACGACUGGUCACCUGUAGUCAUGGACUGGUGGGAGGCCCCUCAGGACGAAAACCAAGAAGACAGCCGGGGCGAUGCUCAAGAUGAGCCCGCGCAGACAUUCAAUACCUUCAGUACCUCUGUACAAUCGCAACAGGGACCACGCGCCACUGAGAAUAACAUGCCGCAUAGUCAGGCUCGCCGCUACUCCCAGUUCAUUCUUCACGACAUUCAGAAUGAACUCAACGAAGGCGAUACCUUGAUUUUUGUGGACUUCCCUCCUCCUGCGAACCCAGCAGACAGCGUUGAUUGCUUCAUAUACGCAUGGAACUCGGUCCGAUUUCGGAUGCCCUCUGAGAAGCUCCUGGCCACUGGAUCUUCUAAGUUCGCGGAGAUGCUGAAUCCUACCUACCAAUUCCGUGUUCAGCGUCGGCGCAAGAUUGCCAAGAAUCUUCCCCCAGGCAUCAAAUACGUCUUGGACCUUACACCUCCUUCCGAGGGCGACGAUCUCGUCUUUCAGAUGACCGAAGCUUCGCUGACACCGGGCAUCAUGAACUGGUGGACAGCUUUCGACAAGCACGAUGUAGACGAUUACGUCGUGCGUGGCCAUGACGAUAUCUGCUCGUGUUGGAAAGAGGCAAGGUUCGAUAGCUUCAACAUGAUUAUCGACAAGAUCUCAGCGAGCGAAGCGUCACGAGAUGAGAACAAGGAACGGGACCCGGAAAUGGAGUAUGCCAUCAGUUCAGCUAUCAGAGAGAGUCUACGCGAUGUCAUUCCAGAAAACGGCAAGAAUAAGGAGAGGCUGUACAGAGAGGACAAGGGAUUGGCUUCCAGGGUUCUGGAAAAGAAGUCUAGAGGAGACUUUUCCGCUCCCCCGCUUCCCCCCUAUAGACGGAUCCCGGACUACUGCCCGAUCCGCCAUCGCGUCAACAUUCUGCGCCUCAUGUGCAUCAUUGCAAACAAGCGAGUUUUCAUCGAUUCGGCCGCUCGGGUUUGGACCCUAGUGGCGGUUACCAAAAUUUUGGACUGUACCACUGUUGUGCGCGAUAUAGUUCUUCAAUGGAUCACGUCGCCCAACAAUACCUCCUUCAUCGAAGUGUUGCCCGAGGAGAGUCUUCAGCUCGGUGUCACUUUGAAGCUGGACGCUGUCACCCGCUCAGCGUUCCGAAUCCUGGUGAAUGAGCUGGCUCUGGAAGAAGCCGCCGCUGUCAAUGGUACACCCAAGGCCGCGACCUAUACCGUCUUUGGACGCAAGCGCCACGAUCCCGGCGACGACUUGAACAACCUCAUCCAGCACGCGGCUAGAGCCAUGGUUGAGCGUGUCUCGUGGCCCGUCAACCAGCUGGUCAGCGAGACCAUCUUCGACGACCUGCAGAUUCCCGAGUGGACGCGGUUGCAGAACCUCAUCAGCAUGCUUUCGAGCUGCCCAGAUGACCCCGUCAUGGUCAAAGCCAAGGUCUCCGCGAUGACGGUAUCAUUUACGCUGAAGACUCUCUGGGAGAACCACGUGGUCUAUAAGUUACUCAGGAAGCCUCUCGACGCCGACGACCUCCAAAAGAUUGACGACCACCGAGCCAGCUACGUCGACAUUCAGAACUUUAACCGCUUCGAAAUCAUCUACAACCAGUUCAACAAUGUGCAGAAGGCUCUGUGUACUUUCAUGUACGAGACGGUCGGAAACAAGUGGGUGUCUCUGUCCGAGAUAUUCACUUCAAGCGCCUCGGGCCAAAUGAACGUGUACAAGUUGGUCACGAUCUUGUGGGAGCACUUGAAGGAAGUUCUCGUCGCGCACCCCGAGUUCGCCUGGGACGGCGCUUGGAUGGCGGUUCUGAACCUCCCUCGUCCCCUCUCCAUGGAAAACCCGUUCGACACCCGCGAACUGGAUAAGAUGGGUGCCUACAGAUACGCAUUCGACACCCGCGAAUUCCAAAAACCCCUCCAGAACUUCCUCAAACCGUUCUACCAGGAAUGCGUCCGUGCCGACUUCGAGAUUAAGAUGAACUUGACGCCGCACUUGCUGCUGAAGCUGCACCUCAACGAGUUGAAGUUCUUACCUCUCUGGGCAGGCGGUAACGACGACGGUACCGGAGGUGUAUUCGAGCACUCCCUGCCUCCUGCCGACUAUGGUCCAGCCGGUCCAGGACCAGCUUACCACACUGGCAUCACGAUCCCCUCGGAUGCCUCUAGUACAUCGGGCUCGGUCAGCAGCGUCUUGAGACAGCUUCGUCUGGAGGGGAGCGGUAGCACCGUUGGACCUGGCACCGUGGACGUGCAAGACGGCAUCUCGACCGUUUAUAACCCUGGCAAGGUCGUGGCUGAUGACGUAUCGAUACUCACAGAGUCGUUUACGGACGGAGAAUUGGAUUACGACAGCGCGAGGUUCGCCGUUCCCGCAGACGGACAGUCAAUUGCAGAGGCCAUGAGCACCGUGGUCAUCGAUGUGACCCCCGACGAGUCAGACAUGGACACCAGUGACAACUUCGAUAUCGACAUGGAUGGGGACCACGGUCUGAUCAACUACUCUUGA